AUGGCACAUAGAAAAUUACAACAAGAAGUCGAUAAAGUAUUUAAAAAAAUUAAUGAAGGUUUAGAAAUCUUUGAUACAUAUUAUGAAAGACAUGAAGCUUGUAAUAAUAAUCCCUCACAAAAGGAUAAAUUAGAAUCUGAUUUAAAGAGAGAAGUUAAGAAAUUACAAAGAUUAAGAGAACAAAUUAAAUCAUGGCAAAGUUCUCCCGAAAUUAAAGAUAAAGAUUCUUUAUUAAAUUAUAGAAAAUCUGUUGAAAUUGCAAUGGAAAAAUAUAAAAUUGUUGAAAAAGCAUCAAAGGAAAAAGCGUAUUCAAAUAUUAGUUUAAAAAAAUCUGAAAUUUUAGAACCACAAGAACAAGAAAGACUUGAAAUUUCAAAUUAUCUUUCACAACAGAUUGAUGAAUUGGAGAGACAAUUUGAUUUAUUACAAUUAGAAAUUGAUAAAUUAUUUUCAUUGAAUAAGAAAAAGAAGACUUUCUCAAAUUUAAAUGACGAAAAAAUUAAUGAUUUAAAAUUAUUACAAAUAAGGUAUAGAUGGCAUCAACAACAAAUGGAAUUAGCUUUAAGAUUAUUAGCUAACGAGGAAUUAGAUCCUGAAAAUGUUAAAGAAAUUAAAGAUGAUAUUAAUUAUUUUGUUGAAUCAAAUCAAGAUGAUGGUUUUAUUGAAGAUGAAUCGAUUUAUGACAAUUUAAAUUUACAAUCAAAUGAAGCAAUUGCUCACGAAGUAUCUCAAUCAUUUGCAUUACGAAAUGAAGAAAUUAAUAAUAACAAUAAUAAUAAUAAUACAACUAGUAAUGAAAAUGAAAUUGAUACAAGUAUAUCAACCUCGAUAUCACAAGAUAUUGAUUCAUCAAAAUUAUCUAAAAAAGAAUUAAGACGACUCGAAAGAGAAGCUAAAAAAGCUGCAAAAUUAGCUGCAAAAAAUGCCGCAGCACAAAGUUUGUCAGAAGGUCCAACGAUAUCAAUUAAAGCAGAUCCAACACCACGAGGUGCAUCACCAAAGAGAGAAUUAUCAAUUGAAUCAAGCCAACAAAGUAGUCCAUUAUCAACAGCUCCAAUAAUAUCAAAUACAAGUUCAAAAAAUAUUGAAACUCCACAAACGCCGACACCUAAUAAAAUUACACCAAAUACUAUUACAUUUAAACCUGUAACUAUUCCGGCAAGACCAGCAGGUGAUCUAAAAUGGUCAGAUGCUGCUGCAUUGAAUAUGGAUACUGAAAAGAAAUCAUUACCUGAUGGAACCAUUAUAACACCUGCUACCAUUAAUAAUAAUGAAAGUAAACUUUUCAGUAAUACAAAUACACCUAUAUUAAAUCAACCAUCAUUAUCUAGUUUAUCAGAUAAGACAAAGACAAAUACUUUUGAAACUUUAAAUCAAUCACAAUCAAUGGCAUCGGCUACAGCCGCUGCUGUUCUUGCUGCAGGAGCAGCUGCAGUUAAUCAAAAUAAUCAACAAUUUCAUAGAAAUUUAACUCAUCCAAGUUCAACUAACUUAAAUAAUUUAUCCGGGAAUGACACAAUAAAUCAAUUACCUACAGAAGAAUUUUCAACUAUUUCAGAUAAUAAGAAUCAAACUAUUGAACAAAAAAUUGUAUCAAAUGAACAAAAUUCUUUACAGGAAUUAUCGAACCAAGAUAUUAUUAAAGAACAAGAAGAAUUAAAUCUUCCAGUUACUCCUUCUAUGGCUUAUGGGGAUUUAGAAAACUAUGAUAUUGAUCUAUCAAAGAAUGUUUUAUCUUUAACAGAUGACCAGAAAUUUAUUAAAGAUAAGACCCUUCAUGCAUUGGAAGAUAGUUAUGAAAACGCUUUUGAUACACUUGGUUUACCAGAUGGUAUUAAAGAAUUUAUUAUGGGUUAUGAAAUUUAUAAUAAUAGUUUAUCUCCGAAUGAUGGUAAAUUAGGAGGUUAUAGAAGAAGUGUUGACCUUUGUUGUAUGGAUCGUUUAUACAAAAUCCCAUCGGGUGUUAACCCUCCGAAUCCAUUAGAUGCAUUUAGAUCUACUAAUCAAUGGGAUGUUAUCAGAUGUGGUAUUGAUACCACUCAGGAAGAUAUAUCGUUUGAUAACAUAACUGAAAGAUUUAAAGGUCUGGAGAUGUUUACAUUAUUUUAUAAUUAUUAUUUUGCUAUAACUCCUCUUGAGAAAAAGAUAGCAAUGGUUGUACUACGAGAACGUGGUUGGAAAGUUGCAAUUGGUGAAACAAUGUGGUUUUCUAGAGAAGGUGAAACUAAAUUUUCUAAUGAAAGUUUUGAAAUUGGUGACUUUAAAAUUUUUAAAUUAGAUACUUGGACUGUUAUUGAAAAAGUUAAUUUCAAAUUGGAAUAUAGUACUCUUGCAUCUGAAGAAAUAGAAGAUUUGAAAAAAGGACAAAACGUAUCGGCUACCACUUCUGUAGGUGUUAAUCAUGGUAAUGAUGCAGGUGUCUCUCAUGGUCAUCAAUUACUACAACAAUUAAAAUUAGGGAAAGCCUAA